AUGUGGUUUCAAAUAGUAUUGUCUUUAUUAAUUGGAACCAUGAUUUGUGCUCAAGAUAAUAACCCUCAAUGUAGACCAGAUAAAGCCAAAUCACCAUACCACGAUGCGCAUUUUGUAUUUGGUCUUGAUUUUAUCAAAAAUGAACCUACAGCUGUAAGUUACUUGAACUAAUUGUAUUUAAUUAACUAAUUAAUUAAUUAAUUAUUUCAGUGGAAACGCUACACUCUCAAAACAUUAGCUUGCGAAAUUCCAAAAGCUAAAAAUCUUUUAACAUAUGCUUUGGAUUAUGGAGCAAAAAAUCCGAAAAUGAUGUCGUCGAACAAUUUUGUGACUAGCGAUAAAACUGGGAAGAAGCUCGAUAAAUUGAACGAAAACCGUAAUUUGGGGGGAACUAAAUGACAUUUUUUUGGGUUUUUAAGCAGAAAUAUUGGAUUUUAAUGUUAUUCAUAUGAUAGAAUGGUCUAAGACGAAUAAAAUCGUAUAAAUUUUGAUGAGUUUACGUUAUCCAUAAGUGAUUUAGCGACGUUUAGUCGAUAUUUGGAUGCUAAAUCACUUAUGGAUAACGUAAAGUCAUCAAAAUUUAUAUGAUUCUGUUCGUCUUAGACCAUUCUAUCAUAUGAAUAACAUUAGAACCUAAAAUUUCAACUCACUUGCUUAAAAAAACAUGAAAAUGUCAUUUAGUCAAUGUCCAAUUAUAGUUCACACACCACAAGCUUCAGCUGCAAAUUAUACUUUUUUUAGCCAACAACGACAUAGAAGUAUGCGAUGAGCUCAAAAAGCGAAUUAAGGAAUUCCGAGGAAGUCCGUUUCUCAAUAAACAAGCCAACACAACUUACAUCUUGUUGUUAAAACCCGACAAAAUUUGUUCAGAUUUGAAUACAUAUUUGGAUCCAAAAAUUGUUCGUAUCAUUUUCUAUAAAGCCCCAUCAAAUUCAUCAUUAACUGUGAUGAAUAGAAUCGGAAUUGAAGAAAUCAAUAAAGAUGGUAACGCUUUUGUUUUUGAAAACAUAUUGAUUUGUUGGUUUUGUAGAUCAAAUAGCAUCGGAAGGACUUGUGCAAAUUGCAAAGAGAAUGUGAGUUUGAGCUAACAUAAGCUUUCUGGAAAAGUUAUGCUAACUUUCUGAUGUUUUCAGCACUGCCAAAAGCCUGAUUCCACCAAUUGAUUCCACAAAAUCAAAAUCGAAAUCGAAAAAAAAUGGCGAUGACCAUGCCAUGCUAUUUUUUAUUUCGAUUGCCGUUUGCGUUAUUUUCCUUCUUGUCUUGAUUAUUUCGAUUACUAUUUCCAUUUUGAAAAGACGCAAAUUGAAAAAAUCAAAGAAAGGAGCGAAAAAUGUGGAAAAUGGUACGGGUAAAACGAAGAAAAUGAGCAAAAACAAGGAAAAAGGUAGUCAACAGAGUAAACCAGAAGUUGAAACUGAAGAUGCGCCAAAAACCAUGUAA